GUCUCCUCAUUUGCUCCUGCAAGCUUGGGAAUAUGUGCUUCGUAUAAGCAACAAAAACGCUCCAUUUCUACAGAUAGAAAUCCCAGACACAGAGCUCCACUAUCCAACUGUGAAUUAAUCUGAGCCACACAAUUAGAACUGUCUCUGAUUAAGCUACAGUUUCCACAAGAGCACAAUGUCCAACAACAUGGCCAAGAUUGCAGAUGCUCGAAAGACAGUGGAGCAGUUAAAACUGGAGGUGAACAUCGACAGGAUGAUGGUGUCUAAAGCGGCUGCUGAACUGAUGUCAUACUGCGAAACUCAUGCCAAAGAGGAUCCCCUGGUGACUCCUGUGCCCUCCUCAGAAAACCCCUUCAGAGAGAAGAAGAUUUUCUGUGCCAUUUUGUAGAUGUUUAUAAUUAACUUGCAUCACAUUUGUGAAUUCAUUUCAAUUUUAGAUGAAGCAUUUUGAUUUUUAGAAGUUAUAUUUCAUUUGUGACAUUCCUGUCAAAACACCAGCCCUCAACAGCCACAUCUAACAGCCUUAUCUUAGUGGAUUACGUCCAAUAAUCCAAAGGAACUGUAAAUGCUAUGUGAAUGUUCUAAUCUGGUUACUAUUUGGUUGUAUAUGUCUUCUUUGUGUUUCAGUAGAAUCAGCACUCGCUCCAUGUAGAUGUUGCCUUAAUGCUUCUUCUUUUUAACCUUAACCCCUUAAAACACUCUUAACACUGAUGGUUCUUCAAGGGUUCUUUAGUAAAGAAAACAAAUCUACAUAGAACUAUAAACAUUCAAAGAACACUUUGAAUGAUUAAAGGGUUCUUUGCAUCACUAAAAUGUUCUUCAGGUUGAAGACACAUGUGUAGAUAGUUCAAAAUAUAACCUUUUUUUUUAAAGGGUUCUUGUAUUGUUAUGUUGAUAGGCCUGUAACAGUAGAAGAACCCUUUUUGGUGCUGUUUAGAACCCUUUUAAAAAAGUUAUCCAUCAUCUUGAACAACCCUUUCAUGAUAUGAAGAACCUUUUAGUCAUGCAAAGGUUUCUUUGAAUGUUCAUGGUUCUAUAUAGAACCAUUUUAUUUACUAAAUAACCCUUGAAAAACUAAGUGUGAAUCCCAGGCUUAUUACAUACUAAGGCCUAUUACUCAGUACUGCAGGGACUUCAAUGCAAACUGGCUGAGCUGUACAGAGAAGUGUGUAAUAAAACUUUGGUCCUGGCCAUUUAAGGGGUUAACCUUAGGCCUGUGGGUGUCGUUUUGUGAAGACAUUCUGUUCCACAGUAACACAGAUAAAAACACCUACUAGUUGCUGUUGGCACAUGUCCUUGUACCUCCAUUUUUGUUGUUUAUUUUUUUUACAUAAUUUGAGGGAAAAAAGCCUUUAUAUUAUGUCUAAAGUUCAUGGUGAACUGACCAGCACAAAUGAUCCAAAAUUACUUGGAGAAAAAUAAUCUUCAGUAACGUCCUUCAAAAGUUAAGAACAUUUAUCCUUAUCCUGUUAAGUUGCUUUUUUGGACAUACAGCAGCAGCGAUAUUUGAACUUCAUGCAAACUUCAUAACGUGUCAUGCUUCUUUUCUUUUCAGAAGAAGAGUGCUAUUCUAGGCUCAGUGUUUACUUUGUAAAUUCCUGUGUUUGCAUGGACAAGAAUGAUGUGUUCCUGGAUUCGAGAUGGUCGACAGAAACGAGCCACUGAGAGCUCAUUAGCACAACAGGGCAACGUCACCAGGUUCAUUUCACAUUAGGAGCACAGCAAGGCCUGCGUACACCAUGUGACUCCAAUAAAAUUGCAUUUUGUGAUAGGGAGCAAAGUUCCCUCCAUUUCUGUUCAUUAUGGCAUGCAGUGUUUGUUAACAUCCGUGAGGAUGGUUUACACAUUAACCCAAAAUGCACUAAGCUCCUUCGCUAGCCAGCCUCUGUGAGA